UUAAAUAGCACUCGUUGAGCCGCCAUGAUAGAACGCAACCGAAGCCAAAAACAAAGUGAGGGAAAGAUGAUAGCGGUUACAUCGUUCAGUUCAAACUUCCCGCCACCACAAAAGAAACCAACUACUAACUAACACUUCAACAUCUUUAAACUACAAUACUCAAUUCAUCUCCCUUCUGCAAAACUGUUCCUCUUUGCAAGAACUCCACCAAUUACACGCUCAAUUUGUCAAAACCGGGGCUAUUAAUGAUUCUGUACUUCUCACCAGACUCAUUUCUUUGUGCUCUUUAUUGGAUUUCAGCAACGUCGAAUAUAUUCAUCGCAUUCUUUUUUCUGUUUCGAAUGGGAACAGGAUUAUCUGGAACUCUAUAUUCCAGGAAUUUUCAGUUAGUUCAGUUCCGGAACAAAGUUUGUUACUGUUUAUAAAAAUGAUUGAAGGAGACAAAACUUCUUCUGUAAAUUCCCAUAUCAUUCCUUCAAUACUUAAGGCCUGUUCAAGGAUUAUGGGGGAUUCUGAAGGAACCCAGAUUCAUGGAAUAUGUGUCAAGUUGAAUACUUUGGCGGACUCUUAUGUACAAAAUGCUAUGAUUCAGAUGUACUCAAAAUGUGGGCAAUUGAUCGACGCACGGCAAGUGUUUGAUAAAAUGCCUGACAAGAAUGUCGUGUCUUGGAACAGUAUUAUAACUUGUUAUGCUGAAUUGGGUAGAUGGGAAGAUGUGAAAAUACUGUUCUGGUUGAUGGUGGAAGAGUCUUUCUUAACUCCGAAUUCGAUUACAGUUGUGAAAAUGAUAUCUGCCUGUAGUAAAUCUGGGGAUUUUGAAGCAGGAAAGUGGGUUCAUCAGUAUAUAUUGGAAAAUGGAAUUCAGGUGUGCUUAAAUCUUGGAAAUACUUUAAUGAAUAUGUACGCAAAGAUGGGAGAGAUUAAAGAAGCUCGUCGACUGUUUGAUCAGAUGUCAGAACAAGAUGUUGUGUCCUGGACCACAUUGGUUACUGGGUAUGCGGCGUCUGGCAGUUUGGACAUUGCCCGUGAAAUUUUUGACAGGAUUCCCAAUCGCAAUGUCAUCGCAUGGAAUGCUAUGUUUGCUGGUUAUGUUUCUAAUGGUUGUUUUCUCGAAGCUGUCCUGCUUUUCAGAGACAUGCUGGUUUCCUCUGAGAACCCUGAUAGGGCUACAAUUCUCAGUGUACUUGCAGCAUGUGUGGGAUUAGAAGAUAUAUUUACGGCUAGAACAAUUCAUGGGUUUGUAUGUAAAGGUGGUAUUGAUUGGACAGUUGACUUAGUUAACUGUUUUAUAAGGAUGUAUACCAAGUGGCAAGUGUGGCAGCAUGUACUCUGCGAUGGAUUUUCAAAUGAUGUUGUAGUUGUGGUAAAAACUGGGUUCUUUUCAUUGUUGUUCAAGAGAAUGCACAUGAAAAAUGAGAUAACGUUUACAACGAUGAUUGUAGGUUAUGUUCAAUGUGGAGCAAAAGAAGUGGCACUUGAGAUUUUCUACAAAAUGCCUUACAAGGAUAUCGUUUCGUGGAAUGCCUUGUUAGCUGUGCUCAAUCAGUGUAGUUAUUUUAAUGAAGCCUUGAGCAUUUUUUUAGAUAUGCUGAGGGCCAAUGUUAGACCUAACAAACUUACCUUGGUUAGCAUGUUGUCUGCCUGUGCUAAUGCUGGUGCUUUUGAUCUAGGGCAAUGGAUUCAUGCCUACAUUGAUAGAAAUAACAUAGAAACUGAUAACCACUUACUCUCUUCACUCAUAGAUAUGUACGCAAAAUGCGGAAGCAUAGAAAUAGCAGUUGAACUUUUUGCUAAAGUACAGAAUAAGGACCUUUUAAUAUGGAGUAUUAUGAUCCGUGGACUUGCCAUGAAUGGACAUGGAAACCUGGCCUUGGAUCUUUUCGAAGAAAUGCUACAGUUUGGUGUGGAGCCAGAUGGUAUCACGUUUAUUGGAGUGUUAAGUGCUUGCAGUCAUGCAGGUUUAGUUGAUAAAGGUCGUCACUAUUUCGAUAUGAUGACUCGCCUUUAUAAAAUUUCUCCAGAGGCUGAACAUUAUAGUUGUAUGGUGGACAAUUUUGGCCGUCGUGGUCUUUUACUAGAGGCAAAAGACUUUAUUGAGGACAUAUCAAGAAACUGUAAUGAGAAAGCGAUUUGGGGUGCUCUACUUGGUGCUUGCAGAAUACAUGGAAAUGUUGAACUAGCGAAAUAUGCAGCAAAUCAUCUCCUCGAAUUGGAUCCAAAUAGUUCGGGGGGAUAUGUACUACUAUCUAAUAUAUAUGCUGAAUCUUCUAACUGGAAUGACGUUGUGGAGGUUCGAAAAUUGAUGAAAAUGAAGGGGGUUGCUAAACUGCCUGGUUGCAGCUGUAACGAGCUAAAUGGUGUAGUUCAAGAAUUCUUUGCUGGGGACAUUUCUCACCCACAAUGUGAGCAAAUUUACAGGAUCUUAGAAGAACUUAAAAGACAUAUGGGAUCAACAGAUAGAACUCAAAACCAAGAUGUGACUGGAGAUGUUUGUUUGUAUCUAGCCGAAGUUUCGAGUCCUUCAACUUUACCACGUGUUUACAAGUCUGCAGACAUGAUAUUGGAUGUGCCAGAAUUCAAAAUCACGAUGUUGCUGGAGAAGUUUGUUUGUCUACCCAAAGCUCCGAGUCCUUUAAGUGUCCCACCUGUUUAUGAGGCCGCUGAAGCCUUUAACCUUACUAUCACAUUGUUGAUUGAUUUAGAGUUUUCAUUAGUGCUAGCUGAUGAGCACAUGAGUGUAUCUUCUACACGGCAUUACCUUUCAAUGUUUGGUGACCCACAGCUUCAAUUAUGGAUUGGAUAA